AUGGCCCUGGCACUCCAUUCUGGGGCAAAGGCCACGGACGCCGGAUUAGAGAGCGCCACUCGCGGCCGGAGUGUAAACAGGGUGGGAAAACCAAACAGCGGCGUCGUCAGGGGCGCCCAGGCCUCGGGAGAUCGGGUGGCCCGGGGCGUCCUCACCAACGCCUCGCCGCCGCACAGCAGGAAGCACGAGCCCAGCGGCGGGCCCCGGGAGCCGGCGGGCCCGGACCCCAGCGCCUGGCCCACGCCGCCCGCCGAGAACCGCGCCGGCUUCCGGGAGGCCACGCGCGCGCCCGCCGCCACGCCGGGCCCGCGCUUCGCUCAGGCCGAGAACCGCGCGUCGCCGCGCCGCGCGCCCGGGUCGGAGGUUUCCCCGCGCCGCGCGCGCCCCCGGCUCCAGCGCCUCCCCGCUGUGCGCGGGCCCGCGCGCGCCGCCGCCACCCCCGUCCCCGCGCGCGCUCUGCACCCCAACCGGCCGCGCGCCGCCGCGCCGCCGCCCUGGCCCGCCGAGCCCUGCGCGCGCCCGUGCGGGGCGGACCCGGACGAGCGCGAGGCGUACUGCGCCAGCGAGUUCGCCGCGAACGGCGUGGUGCGCGGUGUGGACGCGCUGGGCGCGGGCGCGCGGCUGGUGACGCUGCUGCUGGACCGCGACGGGCUGUACCGCCGGGGCCGCCUGUACGUCGCGCCCGACGGCUUCCUCCUCCGGAUCCACGUCCUCGCCCUGGACCCCGCCGCCUGCAGCCGGCCCUGCCCGGAACUUAAGCUCGGCACCAGGUACAUCGUGAUGGGCCACAUCUACCACAAGCGCCGGCAGCUGCCCCGCGAUCUGCUCCCGCGGCUGAAGGGACGCGUGCGCCCCGGGGACGGCCUGCUCCGAGGCGGCAGCUACGUGCAGAGGUUCAACCGCCAGCGGGACGGGCGGGUGCGCGCGGCCAUGCGCCUCCAGUGCGGCUGAGCCUGAGCGGGGAGACCGGAAGCGACGUCUCCGUGGGUGCAGCCGGGGGGCCCGCAGCUCCUUCGUGGACAACUCGGUAUCAUCCCAACUCCAAUGUGGAAGUGACCCAUUCUCAUUUACAAGACGGUCCCUGCACUCCGACAGCACGCGCGGAUUUAUUCACACCCCUCGGGGAACCUGACCUGUGCAGUUAACACAUCACGGCUUCAUGCUAAGUUUUUUAAAUUAUUUUAAUUUAAUACAUUCUUCGGUAGAAAUAGUUCACAAAAAAGCCAUCUGAAUUUAAAUAUACAACUUUUGAACUGUUUAUAUCGUGUACCAAGCCAAAUUUUAUACUUAAACCGUCACAUUUCAAAUUCUAUACAAAAAGAGUAAACGCACUCAUCUGAAGACCUUUACAGAUGAAAUGUCACUUAGAUCAAAUGCUAGGGUUAGAGCAGGACAAGUAUUAAAAUUUUACACUUAAAGAUACAAAAAGGCUUAAUUCAAGCACAAUAUUAUGGAAGGCAAGAGUUGCUGAUGUACCAAAAUGUAAAAUAUAGCCCAGACUCUAGCCUCCUGCUCCUAAUAGCUUGUUUUGUGCCAAGCUGGCAGCAACGGCAGUAUCGCGAUGCUAAGUAUACUCUGUGUAGCUGAUGUCAUUUUUCUAUGAUGACCAAAUACCACAUUUGUGUAUGGAAAGCAGUAAAUCUUGCCUUGAAAUCA